GUCCAACACGCCUGGCACCCGUCUCAGCGAGAUCUGGCACCCGGGAUCUCCAGCGAGUCAGUCGGGACCGGAAUUUCUCGGAAGUGAAACAUCUUCGGCCUGAGGGAAUACGCUAGCAUGGACCGUGUACAGCAUCCGACCAAACAUUAGCGCGAGAUGGAGGGAUCAGCUGCAUGAAUGGAUCGAGGACGCGCUUAGCGGUGAAGUGAAGCCAGUGCCUCUGCUGCCGUCCCUGAAGGUGCCACGACACGCCUGCCACAAUGAGCCAUCCUCCUGCUUAUUCACAGGUUCCUCUUGAGCCGCCGGAGUACAGCCAGGCGCCCUCCGCCCCCCCUGCGGACGACGGCUUCCCGCCCGGGCCCCCCAAGUACCCCGGGGAAAAUUUCAGCCAGAAGGCGCCCCUGAAUCCCUCGGGGGAAGCCGGCAACCCGCCCCCCCCCCCGCCGGCCCACAGCCCCCCUCCUUACUCCCCGCCUUCUGGAGGAGCCUUCGGCCAGCCGCCAGCGAACCCGGCGCCGCCCUACAGCCAGCCGUACCCAGCGGCGACGCCCGCGCCAGCCUACAGCCAGUUCCCGCCGCCCCAGCAGGUUGCAGCGUACGGCCAGCAGCAGCACCCCGUGGCGGCUCCUACGUUCGCCCCUCCCCCCGCCCCCGUGCAGGUGGUGGUGGCGCAGACGCUGCCGCCGGGGAUCUGCACCGUCUGCAGGAAAGGGAAGAUGGAGGAGAGUCCCACCUGCUGCACGUGUUUCUGGUGCAUGCUCUGCCUUCCGUGCUUCAUCCUGCCGAGCCUCCUGAUCUACCUGUGCUGCUGCCGGGAACCCAAGUGCACCAACUGCGGCUACAGCCCCUAGCGAGUUCGAGUCCCGCCAAGAUCUGCUCAUUUCGUCUGACGAGAAAACUGUGAUUCCUCCCAUUCCAAGUUGUCCUUGACAUUUGUUUCGAUGCUAAACCCUGGCGUACUGGCUGCCCGAAACUCACCAUUUGGAAUCAGAACUUCAAAUUCCACGUCUUCCUUCGAUUAAAAAAAUAAUAAUGAUAUUCGCAUUAUACUGUUAUAUAGUCCUAGACUUUAGGAUGCACUACAUCCGUGGUCGUCGCUAGCCCCUUUUCUAUCCGAUGAACCAAGCCUUUGCUAACCCUCAUAUUUUUCCAUUUGAGAACAGGUCCCAAUUUUCAUACUCUUCGGAUUUAGACUCAAAGCUAGAUGAACAAUUUUGUAUGUAGACAGAACAACUUGCAUACGUAUAUUUAUAUAUAUUUUCUUUACGGCUCCAAAUUCCUGACACACUGCCAUGCGAGAUUUUCUGGUGACGUGGGGAUGCCGGGCUUAACUCAUGUACUGUGUGGCACUUUGUAACUUUUGUGAAUGUUUGUUGUACAGCUGUGGAAGGCAAUGUGGCGUAGCCCUUUGAAAGUGAACCCUUGUCGAAACUAAAUAACGUUAUCAUAUAAGACUUAGUAUAUGUGCCUCUUAAUAUAAUUCGAACAGAA